AUGUGCGACGCUUUCUUAGCAAGAUUGAUGCUGCCGCUCCUACUCCAAAGUCUUUCCAGCGGAACGUUGACGCUGCCCUCCGGCGCCUCCGCCCAGAUAGACGAAGUCGACAGGGAGGAUCUGACCAGAUUACUGCAACCGCAAGACCGGCGGAACCUGCGGAUGCUUGUGCCUUCGUCGCCGAAACUGCACCUGCGCAUGCCAAUGUCUAUGCUCGAGGUGCCGCAUCACCAGCCGAUACUCGCCCCAAUGGAAGCACCAGUAUAUCCCUCCAGCAUCGUCUCCGUCAACGGCAUCAUCGUCUCCGACACCUCAAGUGUCAAUCACCUCAAUGCUGCUCCACAGGAAUCCCCUCAUAUCAACGGCAAUGCCAUUGCGGAUAUCACACCCACAGGCGCAGCCGAUGAAAUGGCGAGUACUCUGGAUCUCGCGUCCGAGUUUUCAAACGUGACCAUAACUGCCAACAACCAUCCCGCGCUUGUAAACGGUCACAGCCCCGUUCCCCGCCAGGUAGGGCCCUAUGAGAUCGGCCCCUAUAUCUCGCAGGUCCCCGAAGCCGCUGGUCACACCUUCACACAUCCGGAGCGCCAAACAAUUGCCGACCUCAUCAACCAUUUACUUGCGCUUCGACGGCGAACCUUUUCUCCAUCCAACGAGAGCACUAGCGAGGUCUCUAGCAUCGUGGCGGAACCGGAUCUAAAUGGUCGCGUCACGUUCUCAGAAAAUUAUGGUAGUGGUGGCUCGGGCUUGUGGUGA